AUGGCUGCAAAUAUCAAUAAUAGUACUAGCUCGAAUUAUGUUUCCAAGAAACAGAAACUUAGGAAGAAUGUACAUCCAUUCAUGGGAGUCACUCGAACCAAAAGGACCAGUAAAGUCAUAAGAUUCAAUGAUUCAAAUGAGAGUGAUCUUGUUUCAGAACAAAGUUUGAAAGAAAAAAAUGUUGUUACUUACAAAUCUUUAAAAAAUCGGGCAAGUGAUUUACUUAAAAUGAGAAAGACACUUCCAGUUUAUCAAAAUAAGCGCGAAAUAAUGACGUACAUUGAAAGCAAUCCAGUUGUCGUGCUUAUUGGUGAAACAGGUUCCGGUAAAUCAACGCAAAUACCACAGUUCAUAUUAGAACAAUUAUAUGGUACAAAGAAGCAUGGAUCAAUUGCUGUGACUCAACCUCGUCGUGUGGCCGCCAUCAAUUUAGCUACAAGAGUUGCUCAAGAGCAUGGUUGCAAAUUGGGUGACCAAGUAGGUUACUCCGUUAGAUUUGAUAAUAUGACCACAGCAAGAACAAGACUUAAGUACCUAACUGAUGGUAUGUUACUUAGAGAGCUUAUGAUGAACAGAGAGCUUAAGGAAUACAGUGUCGUCGUCAUCGAUGAAGCGCAUGAAAGAACUGUGUUAACAGAUUUGAUAUUGGGGUUUCUUAAAUCCUUAAUACAAGGGCCAAGGCCAGAUUUGAAAAUAAUCGUUAUGUCUGCAACAUUACAAGCCGAAAAAUUUAGUGAGUUCUUCAACAAUGCUCCAAUUUUGUUUGUAGAAGGUAGGAAAUUUGAUGUCAAACAAUACUAUUUGAAGGCACCAACGGACGAUAUAGUAGAUGCCGUCAUCAGAUGCUGUGUACAAAUAAACCAGUGUGAACAACUAGGAGAUAUCUUAUGUUUUUUGCCAGGCCAAGAAGAGAUUGACAAAGCAGUGACUAUAAUGGAGAAAAUUGCUAAGUAUGUUGCAGAUGAGACACCAGUACCGCUAAUAGUUCCUUAUCCUUUGUAUGCUGCUCUUCCACCAAUUCAACAAGCCUUAGUCUUCGCACCAAUUAAGGGUUUCAAGAGGAAGGUUGUGUUCAGUACGAAUAUUGCAGAAACAUCUGUUACCAUAUCUGGAGUUAAAUUUGUUGUUGAUUCGGGUCUUCGAAAAGUAAAAGUUUGGAGACAUCAGUUGGGGUUGGCCACUUUACUAACAGUACCUAUUUCUCAGGCAAGUGCUAUGCAGAGAAGUGGUCGUGCUGGUAGAGAAAGCGAGGGCAAAAGUUUCAGGCUUUAUUGUGAAUCUGAUUACUUGAAGUUGCCUAAGCAAAGUGAACCUGAGAUAGCUAGGAGUGAUGUCACAUCUCCUGUGCUAAUGUUGAAAAGGUAUGGUAUUAAUGAUCUACUGAACUGGACCUGGUUUGAAAAUCCUGGUAAGGACGCUGUACUCAUGGCCCUUCAAGAACUUUAUGAACUAGGUGCUCUAAACACUCGUGGAAAGAUAACGAAACGAGGAGAACAAAUGGCACUCUUACCAUUACAACCGCAUUUAAGUAGUGUCUUAAUUAAAGCCAGUGAAGUCGGCUGCUUAAGUCAAGUCAUUGAUAUUGUUUCCUGCCUCAGUGUGGAAAACUUAUUAUUAAACCCAUCACCUGAGGAAAGGGACGAGGUGAAUGAACGUCGUUUAUCCCUAAGUAAUGCUGGUAAAAGAUAUGGCGACCUUAUCAUGCUAAAGGAGCUUUUUGACAUUUAUUUCUACGAACUGGGGAAAAGUCAAGACUCAAACUCUGAAAGAAACGACUGGUGUAAAGGUUUAUGCAUUUCAGUACGUGGAUUCAAAAACGUGAUUCGCGUUAGAGAUCAAUUAAGAGUUUACUGUAAGCGUCUGUUUUCCUCAAUAAGUGAAGGAAAUGAGGAAUCCAAAAAGAUUGGUGAAGAUAGUGAGGAAAUAUCAAAGAUUUUGAAAUGUUUCUUAACCGGGUUCAUCAAGAAUACCGCUAUAGGGAUGCCAGACAGGUCUUAUAGAACUGUUUCCACAGGGGAACCGAUAAGUAUUCAUCCAUCUUCUAUGCUAUUCUUGAACAAAAGUUGUCCCGGUAUAAUGUAUACGGAAUACGUCUUUACUACCAAAGGGUAUGCCAGAAAUGUUAGUAGAAUUGAACUGUCAUGGCUACAAGAAGUUGUUACUAAUGGAACUGCUGUAGCAAAGCAAAAAAUAUCUAGUUCAAAAUAA